UAAUUUUCAAUGAUGGCUACCAAAAAAGAUGGAGAUAUUGAUAGUUUAUUGUGUAGAAUAUGUCCAGAUAUUGAUGUUUUUGAACGCAAGAAGUUUAAGGAUAAACUUGUGGAAUAUCUAACUCAUGUGUCAGUACCAGCUGGCUGGGAAACUUGUGGAUACAGACUGUCCAAGGAACACCCCACAUACAAAUACCACAAAAGGCUGCUGGAAAAUUUCAUUGAUAAGCAGAAAUUAGAAGAUGAAAAGCAGAAAUCAGUGAGCUCAACGGUAACAAAAGCAAAACCAGAAGUGUUUUUUGAACAACUCAAACAGUUUGUCAAGGUAGAAGAACAGAAUGACAGUUUUUCUGAGUUUUGUGAGUCAAGAAGGUCAGCCCUACUAGAUUUGUUUGAAAAAAAUGUAAAGCUUUGUGGUGUUGUGAUACGGAAAUGUACAUACAAUGCAGGCCAUUGUAAGGUGUCUGUGCUAAUAGAAGUAUGUCAUAAAGCUCAAGAUGGUCAUUCAGCAUUGAUUGAGCAUCUCAUUGAUGUUGAAAACGAAUCUCUAAGAGGAUAUGAUCUCAAAGUUGGGGACAUUGUUGAAGUAACACAAUGCCGGAGAAAGGAAGGAGUUGCAAUGGAACCAGAAGUGAUAAAGUGUUACCAUCGUGAUCAGACUGACAUUGAGUCAUUUUUGAUUUUUUUGGUAGCAAGUGAAAGCUCAACUGCUGCAUUGACUGAACUUGUAAGAUGUACUGCAUUAUGGGAAUACAUCCUGGAACUUCCCAAAGAAGACUAUACAACACCAAUGGCUAUGCAAAUUUUAUCCAUUGUAGACAAGAUUUGCUCCAAUGCUCAGAAAAAUAUGUCACACACAGUCACUCAUCUUGUGAAAAAGUUUCAGGGGAGUGCUUUCUUCAAAUCAGUCUUUCCAGAUUUUGUCAAUAAGAUUGAAGAUGGGAGCUUGGUUCAGCGGAUUCUGGAAUGUGUAGUCACUGCCUCUCCAGCUGCUGGCCCACAUGUUUUACGAAUGGCUAAAGAGCUUGUGUAUAAGUUAAUAGACAACUCCAGUGACUUAGAGACAGCCAAAGAGAAUGGACGAGCAGCUAUAGAUUACCUAACUAAGCUAUCAUCCAUCAUUGCCUUAGAGGUGCCUCAAGGCCGUGAAGAAGUUCAGGCUUUGCAAUGGAAAGAUCUUCCCUUGAUACCAGUUGUGAAAGAGAUCCAUGAACCCAGAUUGAAGACAAAGGACUUACCAAAGAUAAAAAAGGAGGGACCAUACAAAUCAGAGGAGGAAUACUUAAAUACAUACUUCAGACUUCUCAGAGAGGAAUGCUUCCAUAAGUUACGCGAAGGAAUCUAUGAUUUUGUUAAAAAUGGAUGUCAAAGCAGUUCAAAAGAUAUUACAAUGUACAGAGUUUCCCUGAGAGGAACUUCUCUUCAUCAUGAAAAUUCUCCAACUAUGAUGUUACUUUCACUGCUGUACAAGAAAUCAGAGUCAUCUGAAAAAAGUGAUGAACAGCUUGACCAAGAUUUCCUCAUGUAUGGAGAUCUGCUGUGUAUUUCCUUGGAUAACUCUUUUCAAAAACCGAUCUGGGGUUUGGUAGAAGAUCAUAUUUAUGACCAGAGCAUUGUAAGGAUUACUCUUUGUGACAAAGCAAAUGACCUUUCAGAAGCAGAGUUUAUUACACAAAUACAAGAGGUUACAAACAAAAAUGAUGAAGCAUACAUGGCACAGAGCCACACAUUCUAUCAGGCAUACGCUUCAGCCAUGGAAGUACUGCAACGCAAAGAUCAUGUUCCAUUUAAAGAAUUCUUGGUUUACCCAAAACCAAACUACUUUGAGCCAGCUGAAUACUUAAAUGACAUAAAAAGUCCCCCAGAUUGGGAGAUAAUCUUUCAUAAGGAGUCUCUGAGUUGUCAGGAAAAACAGUCUUCUUACUCACCUGUAAAAGAUCUUGAGGGAAUGCUGAUGAACAGCAACUUCAAACCCAAACUGGAUCCAACACAGCUUGCAGCAGUGGAACUGGCACUAAAAAACAAGCUUGUGCUGAUUCAGGGUCCUCCAGGAACUGGAAAGUCAUAUGUGGGUGUGGCCAUAGUGCGCCUUCUUUUGUCCAUGAAGGUGCCACAAAGCCAUGGACCUAUUCUGGUUGUGACCUAUAAGAAUCACGCCUUGAACAAUUUCUUGGAAGCUCUCGCCAAAAAUUCAUCCCCGGAUGAGAAGAUUGUUCGUGUUGGAAACUUGCCUGAAGAUGCUGACGAAAAAUUGAGGAGACUCUUGCUAAGAGAGGAAGCGUCGGUCGACCAGAUUAGGUCCCUUCUUCGGGACAACAAACGUGAGCCAGUUGAUGAAGAAGAAGUGGAAAUUUUUCUGAAGAAGGUGACCGAAAGAAAUGAUCGAAGUGGCCUUAGGAGCAAUGCUCGAUUUUUAGAACUUGUGAAAAAUGCACUGCAGGAUUGGUUGCCUGCCCAAGAAGAGUUCGAUAAGUUUGUCAACGAAGAACAGGAGCCCAAACCAAAGAGCAAUGUAGCAUCUGCUCUUGCGAAACAAAAAAGGAAGGAAGAUCCAGAGCAGGAGAAUCCAAGCGACGCCAGAGAUCCAUCUGUAGAGGAAAAAGAGCGUCUCUUUGCUCUGGAUAAAGACAUCUGCGAUGAAGAAGACGUAACAAUCGCCCAAGAUGUUGCCAAUGAAGAUCAGCUGAAGGAAAGGGGAGAUUCAUGUUGUGGAACAAGGGAGCGCAAGCUAGUUUGUGUCGAUGAAACAGAGGUGAAACCUCAUCUAAAUCUCUUGGAUGACGUCAAAGUGUGGGCUCUUGAGAAAGAAGAAAGAGUCCAGCUGGUGUAUGUUUUGCAAAGCAAGUUCUACAAGAAAGCCUGUUCUGAGUUCCUCGAAGUGAGCAGCUUGUACAGAGAGAUACAUCAUCAACUCAAAGAGCUGAGAAAUCAACAUGACAUUGAAGUGAUGAAAAAAUGUCACGUUAUUGGAAUGACGGUGACUGGAGCGACUAUGAGGGCAAAUCUGUUGGCUGACAUUAAACCGUCUGUCAUGAUAGUGGAGGAAGCUGCCGAAAUCCUCGAAGCACAGCUUGUAGCUGUCAUUCCGCCCUCUGUACAACACCUCAUUAUGAUCGGUGAUCAUAAACAAUUAAGGCCAGUGGUACAUUUCAACCGACUCAAAAAACAUCAUCAUCUUGAUCUCUCCCUUUUCGAGAGGCUUAUCAACUGCAAGCUGCCAUACAUACAGCUUGGAUUUCAGUGCAGAAUGAAAGAUGAAAUUGUCGACUUGCUUCGAGAACUUAAGAUUUAUGACGAUCUGCAGACCAAACACGAGCUUGUACAAAGAAACGUUUUACCACCUUGUGUCGAGUCGAGCAUGUAUUUCUGGACUCAUACAGACUGGGAAGAUGAAUCGAAGAAUUCUCACAGCAAGAGAAAUAUUACAGAGGCUAGAAAAAUUACUGAAGUUGCAAAAACACUGUGUGAGAAGAAGAAGAAGAAGAAGAGAGUCCUACCAUCAAAGAUUACAGUUCUUUGUUCAUAUCGAGGACAGGUCACCGAAAUAACGAAGCAUUUCAAACAGGCAGAUAAAUUCGCCCCACUGUCAGAUAUCAAGGUUACCACAAUCGAUAGUUUCCAGGGGCAAGAGAAUGAUAUAAUUCUCAUAUCUUUGGUCCGAAGUAACAACAAAUCCACGAUUGGAUAUCUAUCGUCAAUGAAUCGUUUGUGUGUGGCAAUUUCUCGAGCUCGCUGUGGUCUUUACUUGUUUGGUAAUCACGCACACCUGGCAACGUUAUCUAAAAGAGGAUGGAAGGUUAUCAGUGAAUCUAUGCGAAAGAAGCAAUGUUUGGGUCGAGUUUUUCCAUUUUGCUCAGGUGACGAUGUUAGAGGAGAUGGGUAUCAAGGAAGCCUUCCAAGUAGAGAGAGAGGUAAGAAGGGAACCACUGCAUUAUAUGACUUCACGAUAUUAUUUUACUAUUUUAAGAAUUGGUUCAUGCUUAGCGUGUGUAUAUCGAGGCGGCAACAUAAUUAUCCAUCACGCUGA